ACUGUCUGUAUCUUCUGAACACGUAACGUGACUCCUUUAGCUGAUCUUAAACUGAAAGGCAGUUAGCUCACAUUCUGAGUUUAUAUUGUUGUGCUACCCAGGUUAACCUGCAGCGAUGGUACUGGGAAAGAUACAUGAUGCUUUGAAGGUGCCCUUGCUACUUGCUCUUAGCUUCGGAGUUUACCUGCUGAGGCCUGAAUUCUGGCCUCCAUCUGCACAAGAAAAAGAAGAAACAUGCUGCUCAGGACACAAGAUAACAGUCUUAAAAUCUGUGUCUUUUUUAACUCCAUCCUUCAUUUGGAUGGCUCUGUUCUUCUUGGAUGGAAGAUACGUGGCUUGUUUGUGCACUGAGUUUAAGGGAGAAAAUUUGGACAGUAUUAGUGAGUCUCCGUGGGAAUGGUGUGACCAAAACCGAACACUGACUGAUGGCCAGCGCCGUGCACAGAAAUCAUUUUACAUCUCUAAGUUUGUAGGUUUUUCUCUCCUCAUUAUUGUCUUGCUCGCACUGCUGGUGUAUACAUGCUGUGAAGAUCACUGUACAGAAAAAUGGAAACAUGUGAAAAAUUGCCUGGAAAACUGCCCUAACUCUAAAAAACAGAAUAGAAAAAAAGAUGAAGAGGAGCUGAAUUUGCAGGUAACUAUCCAUCAACAAACUGAGCACAGCUUAUCUUCAGGAAGAGAUGAGAAAGCAGCUGAAGAAGACCGAAGGAGCAAAUCUGAUGGAGCAGCCCUGCUGUUCAGUCCACUGCCAGACCUGCUGCUCAAUACAUGGGCAAACUCGCAACCGAGCCCAAACAGGCGCGUGCAUGGUUUAGCCUCUGCAGACAUACCAGCUGAUCAGAACAAAUCCAGUGCUAAAACUCAGGCUCAACUGCCCUGUUGAGACACUCAAACUGACACCUGUCUCUUUCACCAAAUCUGCUCCUAUGUCUUCAUUUGCUAGUGAUUAAGUUUCGUCUUCUGUCACUGAUUCAGAUCCCUCCUGUGUCACUUAUUUUCUUAUGAUUCAGUUGUGCGUGUAUAUUUUUUGUCGUAUUUUUUACCUUCAGUAUUAUAUACAUUGUCUGUACUGUAACAAGUAACACCCUGUAACCUUGUAUUAGCAAGGUUAAUUACUUGCUUGUUAAUUCUUUUCUUCUUGUUACUUCUUUUCUUGAGUGCCUUGCUAUCCCUUUGCUGCUGUAGCACUGCUAGCACUGUUUGCUGAAGAAGCAAAGAAAUUGAACUUGUCAUUAAACACCAUAGCAGGCUCACUAGACAGAAGCACCAAUGCUUGUUUAAUCCCACAUAGUGCUUUUAAGUUAUUUAAAGAUACAUAUGGAAGCUCCUAAGUUGUGCAUUUUUGCGGUGUACUGUAUUAUUUCACUGUCAAUAAAUAUCUCUUGAUACAUCA